AUGGCUAACCGUGCCAUCCAGCACGGUGCAUUGCAUGAUGAGCCAACAUUAACGGAUGGCUCUGGCCGCCUGACAAUGUCGGCCAUUGGCUCUGCCUGGGCUGCGGCCAUCAACAAUGGCUCGUCCUGGAUGGUGAUCAAACGAUGUGUGGCUGCAGAGAUGCCGGGUGUGAUUGAGUUGGUCUCAAUGGGCAUGAACGCCACACAGCAAGUCUCCAAAGGAGAAGAUGAAAUGCAGCUGCUGAAGAAAAUCUUGCAGGCCAUUCAGAACUAUGAGAAAACGCACAGCCGAGCUCCUCAAUGGAGCGAGAUAGCAGAUGAAACCUUGCGGUCCAGGCCAAAAUGCCACCUGUCAGCAGGGCCCAUCUUCACAUUUGCCAUGAAGUUCGCCGGGGCAGGUGGAGCUUUGAAGCACACCGAAUCUUUCGUCAGGGCAAAUGGCCGCCCUAGCAGGGACUUGGGGCCGGAAGUGUGGACCCAGCUGAGCCAGGAUGUCAAGCAUGGGCCCAUGCUGUGGUGGCGUCAUGCCUUGCUCAAGCAUGCAUACUGCUCUGACCGGGCGCUGUCAGUAACCGAUGUUGAGAACGAGACGGCGCUCCAGAGAGCAGUGGGCCGGCUGGAGUGCUGCCUUUGCGCGGUGCUCCUGGACAAGAAGUCCAGGGAAUUCCAAAAGAUGGAAGACGCAUGCAUCUCCCUUCUGAAGGAGUUUGCGGAGGAGAUUGGGAAGCCAUCCAUCGAGCCGCCAGAGUCAUGGAAGGAAGGAGCAAGUGAGGAAAAGCCCAAGGCAACUGCACGGGAAGGUCAUGCAUCUUUCCGUGUGUACGAUGAGCAGGGCCAUCUGAAGAAUCAGGUGGAUGUCCUUGCUUCGAUGGGCUUUCGGGUUGGCGUCACAAUCCAGAACAGCAAUGUGAUUGGAGAGAUCAAAGAAAUUCACGACAGCGAAGUGACUUUGCUUCGAAGCGAGCCUGAAGGUGGGCAGGUGAAGGUGAAAAUCCAAAGCUUGCUCCAGAAGGAAUGGAAGGAGUACGAAGAGCCGAAGCAGCAGACACAGCUGUUUUGGGUUACCGAUGCUCCCCAUACCUCCGCUGAGUUUGGCAUCACGGUGAUCAAGGGCAAGAUCCUGGCCACCAUGCACCAGCAGGUCAAGGAGCUCAAGGGAUGGCUGACCGUGCAGCUGUGGAAGGACCCCAAGGCUUUGAAAGUCAGCCGAGUUUGGCAGGCAAAGAAGCUGGCGCUGCCAUGCGCGACAUCGAAGAUCUUGGUGGUUGAGCCCGAGAAGGCGACUGGGAUCACCAUUGGGGUGUAUGGCCCAUACGAGGUGUGCAUCGUUCCGUACACGAAGUUUGGCAGCUUCUGCAAUCCAAUGUGGAUGGUUCCGGGCACGGAUGAUGAAGAGAGUGUGAAUAUGGAGGUUCACCCGAGCGUCGAAGUCAUGAGGAAGAACAAGCUUGAUUUGGACAAGCCGAUCACGCUUCCGGUCUUGCGCAACGUGGGCAAACUUGAGGCCGGCGACGAGCUCUUCGUUUUGGAGAAGAAGAAGAAGAAGACCGCAGAGGUCGAGGAGGUGAUCGAAGCCGAUAACCCCCGGAAGAGAUUGCGCGGCAAGACAAGCUAG